AUGGUCCGCCUGCGAGAAAUACCGCGUACGGCGGCCUUUGCGUGGUCUGCGGACGCCGACGCCCCGUGGCUGGCUACGGGUACCAAGUCAGGCGCUGUCGAUGUCGACUUCAGCAAUGAAACGUGCCUCGAACUGUGGGAUCUGUCCCUGGAUAACAAGCAGCAGGGUCAAGAGCUGAAGCCUGCCGCCACGAUCACUACAGACACAGGAUUCCACGAUCUCGCAUGGACGCCAGCAGAGGACCGCCGACGGGGUGUCAUCGCUGGCGCACUUGACAGCGGUGCUCUUGGUCUCUGGGAUGCGGACGCUAUCCUUAACGAUUCCACCAACGCUGCCAUCUCCUGGGAGAAGGUGCACACGGGUGCCAUCAAGACACUGCAGUUCAACCCCAAGAUACCCAACAUCGUCGCUACAGGUGGUGUCAAGGGUGAACUCUACGUCUCGGACCUGAACCAGACUGGCUCACCCAUCCGACUCGGCAGCACUGCAGCAAGAGCAGACGACGUUGAAUGUCUAGACUGGAACAAGAGAGUUGCAAACAUCCUAGCCACGGGCAGCAGCGGCGGGUUCGUCACAGUAUGGGAUAUGAGGACCAAGAAAGAGAGCCUGACACUCAACAACCACGGUCGAAAAGCAGCAUCAGCUAUCGCCUGGGAUCCCACCAAGCCAACACGCUUGAUCACCGCCGUGCCCUCUGAACAAGAGCCUCUCAUCCUUGUCUGGGACCUCCGAAACUCCAAUGCUCCGGAGAAGAUACUGCGCGAGCACAGCUCCGGCGUUCUGUCGCUUUCGUGGUGUCCUCAAGACCCAGAUCUGCUGCUCUCCAGUGGCAUGGACAACCGCACCAUCCUCUGGAACCCCCAAACCGGUACGGCCUACGGCGACUAUCCCGUCGUCACGAACUGGACAUUCCAAACAAGAUUCAACCCACACAACCCCAAUUUCUUCGCCACGGCGUCCUUUGAUGGUAAAAUCCAGAUCCAGUCGCUCCAGAACACAAAUCCGAGCUCGGAGAAGGCUACGGAGCAAGGCGAGGCUGCGGACGGCGAAGACUUCUUCUCGAAAGCACCUACACAGCCUCAAGCAUCCUCUUUCUCUCUAGAAAAGGCACCGAAGUGGCUGGAGCGACCGUGCUCGGUGUCCUUCGGGUUUGGAGGCCGACUAAUAACCGUCCGACCCGCUGAGGCGGCCUCCAGGACCUCGAAAAUCGAUAUCGGCAAGUUUGAGGUGGACUCAAACGUGGGCAGUGCGACGGAGACGUUCGAGAAGGCUAUCGGGAGCGGCGACCUGACUUCAUUGUGCGCGGAACGCGUUGCCUCUGCCAAAACAGACGAGGAGCGCGCUGAUUGGCAGGUCAUCAAGACACUUGUAUCCACGAACGUGAGGGAACAGCUGGUGAAGUAUCUCGGCUUCGAGGAUGCGCCCAAAGCUACUAGAGGCGAUGCGGACAUAGUCCAGACUCCCGUGUCAACGACAGCAGAGGAAGGAGGCGACGACAAGGUCACCGUCAACGGCGUUGGUCGCAAGAGCCAUAAGCGCUUCACAUCAAUGUGGGCCAACACUGCAGACGGUGACUUCCUGUCAGAGCUCGCUGCUACAAAGGGCACAAAGACCAACAACCCGUUCCAGAUCUUCUCGGGAUCGGAAUCGGAUUCCGACCGCAAGAUCACGCGUGCUCUGAUCCUUGGUCGCUUCGAAGAAGCUCUCGAAGUCUGCUUAAAGGAAGACCGCAUAUCGGACGCUUUCAUGAUCGCAAUCUGUGGAGGCGAGAAGUGCAUCAAGAAGGCACAAGAAGCAUAUUUCGCGAAGCAGAGCGAUGGUCCGAACUACCUCCGGUUGCUGGCAUCCGUCGUCGGGAAGAAUUUAUGGGACACUGUCCACAAUGCAGAUCUGGCCGAUUGGAAGGAGGUCAUGGCUACUUUGUGCACAUUUGCCAGCGAAAAGGAGUUUCCUGAUCUCUGCGAAGCUCUGGGAGACCGAUUCGAGGAGCAGAUGUCCGCCGAUACCACAGCCCGCAAGAAUGCAUCUUUUUGCUAUCUCGCUGGCUCCAAACUCGAAAAGGUCAUCUCGAUCUGGAUUCAAGAGCUGAAGGAGCACGAAGAGUCAACAUCUGCCGACGCCGAUGCCACGUCAGCUUACUCAGUCCACGCCCGUGGCCUACAGGACCUGAUUGAAAAGGUCACCAUCUUUAGAAGCGUUGUCAACUUCCAAGAUUCUGAAUUGUCGAAGUCGGAGGACUGGAAGCUCGAGGCGCUAUACAGCAAAUAUCUCGAGUAUGCAGAUGUGGUCGCAGCUUCAGGUCAGCUCUCGGUAGCUCAGAAGUAUCUGGACCUCCUGCCGACCAAAUACCCUGGCGCCGACAUUGCUCGUGGCCGCAUUGCGCAGGCGACGCAGAAGAAGCAGCCGGCUGCCACUACAGCUACGAUGAGUGGCAAGCAGCCUGCUGCUACGUCUACACCAACCAAGACAAGACAAACGGCCAGACCAGGCUAUGCACCACCUCAGGAUAUGUUUACUCAAAGUGCUCCGCAGUCAGGUCCAUAUGCGCCCCAGGCUCCUAUGUCAUAUGCACCGCCUGCUCAGCAGCCGGCAAAUCCGUAUGCUCCUACAACGGCUGCGCCCUCAGCUCAAGGCAACCCAUAUGCACCACCCCAGCAGACGAGAGCACCACAAAGCGGGCCUCCACAAUUUGUGUCUUCUCAGCCAGCCGGGAUUGCACCACCUCCUAGACAAUUCGAUCAAAGUCCAGCUAUUGCACCUCCUUCGCAAGCAAAGAAUAUGGCCAGCUGGAAUGAUGUGCCCGAAGACUUUGCGAAGCCAACAUCAAGAAGAGGUACACCUCUGAACGCUGCGCAUCCACCAGUGCCCUCCCCAUUUGCUCAGCUUCCCCAACAGGCUGGCAUUCCUCCUCCCAUGGCUCCACCGAUCGCUUCAAGAGGGAAGUCACCAGUGCCACCUCCACCAAAGGCUGGCGCGGGACCUGCAAGAGUAACAUCGCCCCUGUCACAGCCAGCCCAGUCGUUCGAUCGUCCACCUUCUGCCAGCAAUCCGUACGCGCCGCAGAUCUCGGCAGCCUCUCCUGUAGGGCAGAACGUUGGGCCACCACCCAUCGGCCGGGUAUCAUCGCCGUACAAUGCUCCUCCUUCAGCAGCUCCGCCAAGCAAUCGGUAUGCUCCAGCUCCUGGAUCUCAAGCUACUCAGCAAGGCCCUGCACCAGGAGGCCGACCCAAUAUCGCGCCGCCUCCACAAGGAUCUUCAUUCACGUCUCCGCCGCCAGCAGCUAACCCAUACAGCGCUGCACCCCCUCCGCCACAAUCUAGACCAAGUCAAUACGGACCUGGCAGUCAACAGACAACCUCUGCACUUCCUCCCACGCCACAGCAGCAGUUCUCGUCCGGUCCACCACCUGGCGGUCCACCUCAACAGCAACGGCCAGAGCCCGCCCCGAAGCCUACGGCGCCGCCAGCUCGCAAGUUCCCCAAGGGUGAUCGGAGUCACAUUUCUGCGGCCGCUCAGCCAAUCGUAGACAUCCUCUCCGCUGAGAUGUCACGUGUUGAAGCUCGUGCGCCUUCCCAGUUCAAGCCACAGGUCGAUGACGCCAAAAAACGGCUCAAUAUACUCUACGACCACCUCAACAACGAUGAUCUACUCAAACCUGACACGGUGCAGCAGAUUGUGGAGUUAGCUGAAGCCCUCCAGAGCAAGAAUUUUCAACGUGCGCAGGAGAUACAGCUAGAUGUUCACCAGAACAAGGUGGAGGAGUCGGGCCUGUGGAUGGUGGGUGUAAAGCGCCUAAUCGGCAUGUCCAAGGGCACCCCCUAG